UUCCCAUGAUAUUUUAUCGCAGUCGAAGAAGCAAUGAAUACUUGUUCAAUAUUAGUGCUAGUAAUACUGCAGGCUCUCUCUGUUUGCAGCCAAGGUGUAUGUACUUUACCCAGUGGAAACGAAGGAAUCUGCACACCAAUCAAGCAAUGUCUGAGCGCACUUGCUCUACUUAAAGCAGGAACAAAAGCGAAGGUGUGUGGAGAAGCGGAUGGUCUUCCUCUUGUCUGUUGCGAUCAACGUUCCAUUCAACUGACCGAACAAGGACCAGGAACGAAAGCGGAGAAACAGUGCAGCGAGUUUGUAAAUUAUUUGGUAAAAAAAUUUGAAGGAUCUUACCCUAGUUACAAUGGGGAAUUUUCUCUUGCCAUGGAAUUUCCUCAUAUGGCGGCGCUUGGAUUCGAAGUCGACGAUAAGAUUGUUUGGGGAUGCGGUGGGUCUUUGAUAAGUGACAAAUUCGUGCUUACAGCCGCACAUUGUAUUUCCAAUAAGAAUUUGGGUGAAGUAAAGCAAGUUCGCUUGGGUGAUCUGAAUUUGGUAGUGGACACCGACGAUGCAGAUCCUCAAAAUUUCCAAGUGGCCAACGUUUUUAAACAUCCAAACUACAAGUUUCCAUAUCGCUACAACGAUAUAGCUUUGAUCGAGUUAAAUCAGACUGCAAAAGAAACGUAUUACGUGCAUAUCGCUUGCUUGAACACGGAUCCGAGUAUAAAUCCUGAAGAAGGUUUUGUUGCCACUGGUUGGGGUUUAUUGAAGUUCGCCGGUGAACCAGCAGAUCAUCUGCAGAAGGUCAAACUUAAUGCCAUUAGCUUCGAAGAGUGUAAGAAAUAUUAUCCACCGGAAAGGAAGCUGAAUCAGAGUAUUUUGGAUGAUAUGCAGUUGUGCGCUGGUCAUCCGAAUCGCGAUACAUGCGAAGGUGAUUCCGGUGGACCGUUGCAAAGGAGGAUAACAUUUGAGAAAACGUCUGUACCGCAAUUGCAUAUCGUUUACGGAGUGACAUCUUUCGGAAAAGCGUGCGGUUUGUCGGCAACUCCUGGGGUCUACACUAGAGUCUCUAACUAUAUAGAUUGGAUAGAAUCUAUAGUUUGGCCAGCGGCGCUUGGAUUCAAAGUCGACGAUAAGAUUGUUUGGGGAUGCGGUGGGUCUUUGAUAAGCGACAAAUUCGUGCUAACAGCCGCACAUUGUAUAGCCAAUAAAAAUUUGGGUGAAGUAAAGCAAGUUCGCUUGGGAGAUCUGAAUUUGGCACUGGACACCGACAACGCAAGACCUGAAGAUUUCCAAGUUGCUAACGUUUACAGACAUCCGGACUACAAGUCCCCAUCUCGCUACAACGAUAUAGCUUUGAUCAAGUUGAAUCGGUCUGUCGACAGCACGAUUUACGCGCACAUGGCUUGCUUGAACACGGAUCCAAAUGUAAAUCCCGAUGGUGGUCUUAUAGCGACCGGUUGGGGUUUAUUGAAGUUUGCUGGUGAACCGGCUGAUCAUCUGCAGAAGCUCGAACUUAAUCUCGUUAACUUCGAAGAGUGCAAUAAACAUUAUCCGCCCGAAAGGAAAUUGGAUAAGGGUAUUUUGGAUGAUUCGCAGUUGUGCGCUGGUCAUCCGAGUCGCGAUACAUGCGAAGGUGAUUCCGGUGGACCAUUGCAAAGGUUCAUUCAUUUCGAUAGAACGUCAAUACCAAGAGUGCAUACCGUUUACGGAGUGACUUCCUUCGGAAAAGCGUGCGGUUUAUCCUCCAGUCCUGGCGUCUACACUAGAGUCUCAAAUAACCAGAUUUUAACACGAUUCAUCUCAGUCGAGCCAGAGAUGAAUACUUAUCUACUACUAAUAAUUAUACUACAAACAUUCUCGGCUGUAAUUAACUACGGUCAAGGUAUAUGUUCAUUUAGCAAUGAUGAAGAUAGAUGCACACCAAUCAAAGAAUUCUUUAAAUCACUGACUUCAUUUAACUAUGCGAUUCAAGCUAAGUUCCAAAGAUAUGAGAAGGGUUUAAAUAACGAACAGAUUGGAGUAAAAGCAGAGAGAUAUUGUGACCAUGUAAUAGAUGAAUUGCGAGAGUUAUAUGAAGCGGAUUAUCCUGUAGUUGGCGGAGAAAUAGCCUUGUCUGAAGAAUUUCCGCAUAUGGCGGCGCUCGGAUUCAAAGUUGGCGAUAAGAUUGUUUGGGGAUGCGGUGGAUCUUUGAUAAGUGAUAAAUUCGUGCUUACAGCUGCACAUUGCAUAAUCAAUAAGGAUUUUGGAGAAGUUAAGAACGUUAGGUUGGGUGAUGUGGAUUUGAUGAACGAUGAUGACUUUGAAGAUUAUUAUUCUGCUCAAAAUUUCCAAGUUACCAAUGCGUACGUGCAUCCCGACUACAGAUCUUCUCUACGUUACAACGAUAUAGGCUUGAUUGAGUUGAACGCGUCUGCAAUAUUUACUGAUAGAGUGCGCGUCUGUUGCUUAAAUACCAAACCGUACGUGAAUCCAUAUGAUGGCUUCAAAGCUACUGGCUGGGGUUUGUUAAAGUUUCUCGGUGAACCGGCCGAGCAGCUGCAGAAGGUUGAUCUGGAUUUGGUGAGUUGGAAGGAUUGUAGACAGUUUUAUCCGCCGGACAGGAGAUUGAAUAAAGGUGUUUUGGAUGAUCUGCAGAUAUGCGCGGGUCAUCAGGGACGCGAUACAUGUCAAGGCGAUUCUGGUGGACCGUUGCAAAGGAUCAUUCCAUUUCAUAGAAGCGCAAAGCCCAAAUUGUAUACCUUGUUUGGUGUUACUUCUUUUGGGAAAGCUUGCGGGUUGUCAGCCAGUCCUGGCGUCUAUACUAGAGUCUCAAAGUAUAUAGGUUGGAUAGAAUCCAUCGUAUGGCCUAAUUAA